UUCCUUCGUUUCAGAAAAAAACAUUGCUUUACCCAUCUUGUCGAACUUGCUGCCAAUCCUCUGAACCCUAAUAUUCGUCCUGAAAGCCCCUUGGUCCUCUUUGUUCAAAUCUUCGACAAUUCCUUACAAGACGGAGGGGACGUCUCAGAUCUUGACUCACAAUUAGACAACCCUUCUUUAGACAAUCAUCUUUCAAGUCCAGCUUCAAAUAAGAACAUGUUUUUUAUCAAAUAUUUUGAUCAUACUAGCUGGUCACUUGUCUUCUGUGGGCACGUUGAACUGGAUCGUUCUGAAUCAUUCAAUUCUUUGAAGCCACAUCUUUGCAAGAUUGCUGGAUUGUCCGAAGAUCUUCCUCUUCUACUUUUCACGGAUACUCCCGAUAGCAGUAUCGAACCUAUUGUGAAUUUGACCAUUCCAAUAGAAAAACUAUAUAAGCGGGACGUUCAAGGACAACUGAUUUACUUUAUGUCGGAUCCAUACCAAUUACAAUACGAUAUGAUAUUUUAA